AUGGAUUUUGAAAAUUCCUUGCAGAGAUCACUAGGUGCAUUGCUGCCCUUUACAGCAUCUCACGGAACUUUAAGACAAUUAACCAAUGAUAUAUUGGGCUUAUUACAACAACCCUAUCCAGUAAACCAUAGUUUAAUCAACUCUAUUAUCACGAAAUAUGAAGGUAAUAAUGUAACUGACGCUAAUACACGUCUACAAUGGCAAAAUAUAGAACAAUUCGUUACAAAAUUAUUAUCAAUCCCCUCUCUACAAGAUCGAUAUACGUUUCUCUCCUCAGACUCGAAUAAUAUAAUAAGUAAUGAAUAUAAAAAUAGCACGAAUAAUAACAUUUUCCAUUCUUCAACCAAUUUACGCUAUAAUCCAAUGUCUUCUCCCAUAAUAAACCAUGGCCAAAGAACUGGACAAUAUUUAAAUGCUAAUGGGUUAGAAAAUAGUGAUAUACUAUCAUUUAGUACAAAUGUUUCUCCAAGAUCUCCUCUACAUUCUCCUGGACAAUUGAAUUUUUUAAAUGAUCGUCGUUCAAUUUAUUCAACACAACAAAACAAUCUGUUCAAUAAUACUAAUAAGAAUGCUACAAGAAAUAACUAUACUGUAGAUAGUAAUAGCAGAUUUAUUGAUAUGCCAACGUUAGAAUCUCUAACGAUGAAAUACACUCAAAAAAUAUUACCAGAAACAACUAUUUUACAAUCAAUCCCAUAUACUUUAUUAGGAACUACAUCUGAAUUAUUCCCAUUUGAUAGUCAUACAAUUCUAUUACCGAAUAACAUUUUAAAUGGCGAUAGUGGGUUGUUACAUUCAAUUUUUGAAGCAGGCUUAUUGUAUAAUUCAUUAUCGAAUAAAGUUUCUCAAUUUAAUAGUGCAGAUAUAUCUCCUUUGAAAAAAUGUUUAUUACUAAAUGUCACCAAUAAGUUGCAAAACUAUUCCAUUUUCAUUAAUUCAAUUUCCACAAAUAAUAACGAUUUAACCUUAAAAUCUUUUUUCAAAGAACUUUCCAAUGAAAUUAUAGUACUAAGAAUAUAUCAUAAAAUUAUACCGAAUUUUAAUCAAUAUUCAGGUUUCCAAUAUUUUUCUAAGAUAUUUUCCUUAAAAUCCCAUGGUGAUUUAUUGGUUCAAGAUGUUGCCAAUUCAAUUUAUACAGAUUUAGAAAAGAUUUAUUUCGAUUGUUUAAUCAACUGGUUAACUUUAGGCAAAUUAGAUUCAAAUAAUGAUGACUUUUUCAUAGAGCUGAGUUCAAAUAAGGAUUCAUUUUUACCAUUUGCUAUAAAAAAGGAUCGAUUAUUACCAACUUUUACCGAAAAAAUUUGGAAUCAAGCUUAUAUCAUUGGGAAAUCUUUAUUAUUGAUUAAAAAUUAUUGCAAUGAAUUAGAAUGGGCAAACAAUUUUGCAAAUAAGUAUUCAAACUUAUUUAAGAACGUCUCCCAUUUAGGUUUAUCCAAUCAAUUAUCUGAUAUAAUAACAUUACAAUAUAAAGAAAUAACAAUUUUUACUAAUAAAAUUUUGUUCAAGAAAUUCUACUUAAGAGAAAUUAUUCUGGCACUAAAAGAUAUUUUAUUAAUGGGUAGAUCAGACUUCAUCCUUUAUUUGAUAGAUCAAUGUAAAGAAACUUUAAUGCAAAACGCUACUGCUUUACAAGGACAUUCCAUUUUCAGAAACAUCAAAUACUCAAUUUCAUUAUCAUCAUUAAAAUAUUGGCUUUCUACACCAGAUAAUGGUUAUAUUGUUAAUGGGUUGGAUGCCAGACUAUUGAAUUCUAAUCACGGAUCAUUAGGCUGGGAUGUUUUCACUUUAGAUUACUCAAUACCGGUACCAAUUUCCCUUGUUUUAAAUCCAAAGAAUAAUGCUACUAAUAAAAAUAGAAAAGAGUACUUGCAAAUAUUUAAUUUCCUAUGGAGAAUCAAAAAGAAUAACUAUAUGAAUACUGUUAAAUGGCGAGAAUCGAUUCCGCUAAUUCAGAAUUUAAGAUAUUUGAAUAAUGAUGAUUUAUCAUACAAUAGAGAUAUAACUAGAAAAAUAUCCAGAAUGAAUAUACUAAGAAACAAAAUUCAUUCUAAAUGCCAGAUAAUUGAAACUUUUUGCUUCACGAAUAUUAUUGAAAAAUAUUUCUCGAAAUUAGAAACUAAGCUUCAAAUAUUAAAUGGCGAAAAACGUAACAAAUCACUGAUACCCACUAAAAAAUUUAAAAAUAACAAUACAAUCCUUGCAGGUAUCUUGAAACCAAAUUUUAACCAAUCUGCUAGCAAUAUAAUGGAUCAAGAAUUAUUUGAUAUUGAUAUGAUUUCUGAUUUACACAACAACUUUUUAACUAAUAUUCUUUCGCAUAAACUUUUAGCAUUUGAAAACAAAACAAAUCAAAAGAUAAAAAUACCAUAUUCCAAUUCAUUAUCUAUUCUAUUGAUAACAGCAUUCAAGUUUAUGACAACAUACUCAUCUUUUGUAGAAACCUCCAAUGAAAUCAAUAGACAAAUAGCUUUGCCAAAUGGAGACAGGAACAAUGUCACAAUUACUUUUAAUGAAGAAUUAAAUUCCUUGGUUUCACAAUAUAAAAAUUUUGAAAAUUUAUGUAAUUCAUUUGCAAAUGACUUAUUGGGGGAUGAUGAGCAACUGAGACAUUUAGGUUUAUUAUUACAUUUUUAA